AUGGCCCGAUUCAGAGCUUCAAAAAGUGCCGUCGUAUUCGCAGUGACUGUUUUCGGCUCCAUGGUAAGCGGUAUUCUCUGCCAGAGCAAUGUUACUAAACUGAUAUCAGGAAUAGUCCCCUCAUGCGUAAUAGGAGGUAACCACAUAAAAUAUAUCAUUUAUAACAGAAACAACCCAACGAACGGUGUGAUCGUCGAUCUGAAAUCUAAAAGGUUACCAGUGGAAAGUGGUCUACCGGUAGUUUUUCUAGUUCACGGGUUCACUUCCGAAGCGAACAACUCGCGCUACCGAAAUCUGAGGCAAACUUGGCUUGAAAAGUACGACGUUAACAUGAUUGCUGUUGAUUGGAAAGAAGGAGCAUGUUCCGGAGGGAUUUCGCUUACCCAGUAUCUGAGCUACCCCAAAUCCAUCGAGAACGCUUACGAAGUCGGAGCGAACAUCGCGCAAUUCAUCGCUAAACUUAUAAGGUACUAUAGUAUUGCCUUGAAGAAUAUGCUCAUGGUUGGGCACAGUCUGGGCGCACACGUGGUUGGAUUUGCAGGGAAGGAGUUGCAGAGAAAAAAGAUUGGGACAAUUCCUCAGAUUAUUGCCCUGGACCCAGCAGGACCAGGUUUCUUGACCAGUCCGUGCUCGAACAGAGUUUGCAAGACGGACGCUGACUUUCUUCAGGUAUUUCACACCUCGGAUCUGGGCAUCAUCUGGCCUUUGGGAAACGACGAUUUUUACUUUAAUGGCGGGCAUGUUCAGCCUAGAUGUUCACUGACAAAUUUGUCUUGUUCACAUGGCAAAUCGGUCGACUACUUGACCUACUCGUUCGAGGAUUCUGGCUGCAAUUUUAUUGGCAGGAAGUGGAUCUGGUUAACCGAUACUCCUCCAAAGCUUGAGUGUUCUAACUCCACGUGCUCUGUACCGGGAAUAAAUGCCUAUAAAUACCCAGCCAGAGGAUCGUUUUAUGUUGACACAAUGAAUUUGACGUCAUCUUGCCGUGAGUACCCAAAAUGCGUUCGUCUACCUGAUUUGGAAGAACAGUUUUUCCCAAAAGAAGUGGGCUUCGUUAUCGCCGCGGCUUCUGGUACAGAGAAGAAAUUCCGAUGAGGAAACGUGGAAAUCGACUAUUCGUUAACGUUGGUGAUCCGGCGAUGGUCCAACGGACAAUGUCACGUCGCAGGUCUUAAUAUUGUGCUAAGAAUUUUAAAACAAAAAUUAUCAAUCAAGCUGCCACAGUCUUUUCUUAAUUUCAAUCGAGGAAUUUCUAGAUUUCAAUGCUUUGUUUUGCUAUGCAGCCAGAUUUGUUUUUAUUUUUCACCACCUUUAAUUUAUCAUUUUGCAAGAGUAUUUUCGAAAUGUUCUUAAAUUCCCGCAAUUUUC